AUAAUUUAUUUGGUAUGUCCACUUUCCUUACAAGCAGAGAGCUUCAAAGUUAUAAAAAUGUUACAUUUUCACAUUUUUCAUGAAAUGAUGCAAGCAUCGACGAAAAUUUACCACUAAAAUAAAGUAGAAUAUGUCACGAAAAAACAAUCUCGGAAUCAUAUUUAUAAGUACAAGUAUCCCAGAGUUAUUAAUGCUUAAAGUGACAGUGGUCAGAUUUGCAAAAAAUGCUCUGGUCCGUAGGAUCAUAAUGGGCUCAGUCCCUAAGGGGUUAACUAACAUGCCUCCGGCUGUCCUGUCAUGUUGGAAGUUGGGAAACACUGCCUUUAGAAUUGUAAAUGCUAAGUCAUAUAAUUAAUAUUACCCCCCCCCCCCCUUUUCUGAUUUUAUUCAUUCCCGCCUUUGAGUAUAUGAUACAGUACAGCUGUUUUCAUCCACUUCGAAUAUGUGUAGCGCUUAUUUCAGAAAUAUCCGUAUAAAAUGUCCAGUCACUAUUUGCUAUCAUAGCAUUCUUUCUUUCUUUCUUUUCAAUUGAUUUUUACCAUCAUUGCAUUCUUUCUGUCCCAUGGCUCCUAACACACAAGAGCUCACUUUCCCGCGCCAACAAUCCCAACUCACUGCCAGCACCCCGCCCCCUCCUGGAAGUCUCGCGAGAUCUCCCCUGGCCGAGGAGCGAGCAGCCAUUGUACUCGUGAGCUGGUGGCAGCGUGUUACGUACGCGGUUUGUUUUCUUCUAGAAAUCAGCCAUGUCCAGGUACCUCCGUCCCCCGAACACUUCGCUCUUCGUUCGGAAUGUGGCGGACGACAUUCGGUCAGAAGAUCUGCGCAGAGAAUUUGGCCGAUAUGGUCCUAUCGUUGAUGUAUAUGUUCCCCUUGAUUUCUACACACGACGCCCAAGAGGAUUUGCCUAUGUUCAGUUUGAAGAUGUCCGUGAUGCAGAAGAUGCUUUGCAUAACUUAGACAGAAGAUGGAUUUGUGGACGCCAGAUUGAAAUUCAGUUUGCUCAAGGAGAUCGAAAAACCCCAAAUCAAAUGAAGGCCAAAGAAGGAAGGGGCUCAUACGGCUCUUCACGUUAUGAUGAUUAUGACCGAUACAACAGGCGAUCUAGAAGUCGCAGUUAUGAAAGGAGAAGGUCUAGGAGCCGUUCUUUUGAACAGAAUUAUGAAAGAUCUUAUAGUCCCAGAGGACGAGCUGAGAGACCACGUCGGAGCAGAAGCCGUUCACGUCAUGGCAGAUUCAAUCGACGUCAAAGAUCACAAUCCAGAUCACAAUCUAGAUCACACUCCAAAUCCCUGCCAAGAGAAGAGAGGAAAGAACGACAUUCUGGGUCUAGAUCUCAGUCUCGAUCCAAAGCAGAUGGCAAAUACAAAGCCAGUCGAGAGUCCAGAAAAGAGGAGCGUGAAAGAUCAAAGUCUCAGUCUCACUCAGAGUCAAGGUCACGGUCAAAAUCAAGAUCACGGUCUUGGAACAGUCACAAAUCCAGUGGCCACUAGUCUGGCUGCUGUGAACAGUUUUAUUCACAGAAAUGUGAUAUUUUUUUCCCUAUUAAUGUGCUACAGUCAUGAAUAUUUGUUACCCAUCUGACAGCAGCUGAUCAAAAUAGAUUAGGGUCUCUUACAGUGAGUAUAAUAGAAUCGUUUUCUGUUGGCAUAUGUCUUGAAGUUAAUGUUUUUGCUACUUUUUAAUAUGCUGAAAGAGUUUGGUAUUGCUGUGUGUAGCAGCGUUACUAGCUUGUCUAGCCACAGGACACUAAACCAAAAACUCAUCUCUGAAGGACCAUAAAAGUAUUCUUCAUUCUUGAAGUUCCUCCAGUACAGUUUUGUAUUUUAAUUUUAUUUUGACUUGGCUUUUUUAUGGUUAACCUUGUUCUACCUAUUAGGAAAAAACUAAGGGAAAUGUAUAGGUUUGGUGCUGCAGAAUAAGGUUAGUUGACAUUUGAUGGUUAUUAGGCAUUAAAGGUUCCCCAACUGUGUUGUAUAUAAACACUAGAAGUGCCAGGUAUAAAACACCCAUUCCCUUAUUCAAAGUAUUGAUAUUUCUAACAGUACUGGACAGUUUUUAAUGUAGCCCUUACAAGCAUGUACCAGGAAAGGUAGACCUUUAUUUGGUAACAUUUCAUUUUGUUUAUGAACAUGGCUUAAAAUGCUGAGAUUUCAUUGUCUCUAAAGUACACAUACAGGUACGUUUUAGUAGUUCUUUGCAAGAUAUCUUUUCUGGCCCUUAAGGUAUCUAUUCUCUGCUUUUACAUUUCUUUAUAUAUUUUUCCGCCCUGCACACUUGUUAUAGUUCUUGGUUUUGCUCUUGCAUCUUUUAAAGAAAGCUCAAUACUUAAAAUAAAUAUGCAAAUGUGACCAGAAGAGGGCAUUUUACAUGUUAUGUUUGCAUGUUGGUGCUGAUAUGAGCUGUAGUAGUUCCCUCCUAGCUAGCAACAUAUGGGUUAUAUUUAUAAAUCCUUUUGGGUUAACAGGUGAGCCCUGAUGUGAUGGUUCAAUAGACAAAAAGCACUGACUCUUUCUAUCCAUUUUAGACUAGUAAUUGUAUUUAUGGAAAUUGGCUUAGUCUAAAAUUCUUCACCUGGUGUAAAAGCAUCUUGUGAUCUAUGGAUGUAAAACUGUAGAAAGUAUAGACUUUCAAACAAGUGGUCGUUUGGUCACAUUCUGGUUUGAGUGAUCGAUAUGUAUAUU